AUGCCAGUAAAAUGUCCGAACAAAAGUAAAAAAAUGAAGACUAGAGAGCUGGUUAUUGACGAGGCUAGGGGCUUUCUUAGUAUUGGGGGCCGACGAUCGCUGCCACCCAGAGGACUUGAUUGCUUCGAGGAUGAAAAUUAUUUCUUCUCAGAUGAGGAAGAGACUAUCCCCAGAAAGGUUGCUCCCAAGAAGAAAAUUGUGCCCUCAAUCGAUUACUUAAUGAAUUCAAUAGCUAGUUGGCAAUGGGCCGAAGUGGACGAAGUGCAGUUGCCUGUCGUUAUCCGUGAUGGAAUCCAAUAUGCCGCGGUCAUCAUGAUCCAAGUCAAACUUCUCUCCAAAUUUCCCUAUGGAUUCUCUGACGAAGCUCUGAAAAAGCAUAAACAAGCAUUGGUCUCGAGACGUAUGACAGAAAUGGAAGCCUGUCUUUUCAACUGCGUGAACGCCUGUUCUCGAAAGUUCAACUUAGGUUUUCAUAUGUAUUCUGCCAACGACGAGGUUGUUACAUUGGCAGAAGCUGUCCAAUUUUACUUUCAACUGAAAGAACAUUUCUUGCACAACCUCACUGAACAGUACAAAAACAAAGAGGAUACACCUAGCAGUAAUUCGAAUUCGGGCUCAAACUCACAUUCAAAAUGCAACCCUAGUUCCGACUCAGUAGAAGAUGUCAAGUUCAAGUCUAGUUCUAAGAGUAUCAUGGCCUCCAUCCAUGAUCGUUGUAGGGAAAUUCAUGACAUGAACAUCAGAGAUAUGAUCAGCAAUGAAGACUUCUUCACUAAACUUGGUCAGAAACUGAUGAAAGAAGAAAAUGUCAAAGAUCUUAUACCUCCCAAGUACUGUACUGGCUUUCAUAUCCCUAAUGAAGAAGCAGAGGUUACCGAUGACUUGGAACAAGGUUGGAUGAGAAUGAGAGAUCAGUUUGAUGGAAAUGCAUAUUCUGUUCAUGGUCUGAAAUCUUCCACCAUGGAGCAUGCCUCUACCGAAUUGGCUGUUCUUGAGAGAAUGCAGAUAUCAAUUCUUAAAAGAAUUGUGCUACAGCGUGCUUCAAGAGCAUUGUUCGUGAAGACUAAGUAUACCGAUCAGCUGAGAACGCUCCAUAACAGGAUGGAAAAGUCUCUUGAGGAUAGCUCAGUUCCACUUUUUGAUCAGAUAAAUGAUAGUACCGAUUCCAUACCUCCUUUCCUCAGCAGUUUCCCUGAUGUUGCCUCAACUACAAGUGCUGCAGAUACUCCGUCGAGUAUGAACGAUUUUGUUUCUGCAAUUCUUCAUCCUGGCAUGUCUUCUAUGCUUGAAACAGAUACUACUUCUGUUCUUCUGCCUGCUCUUGUACCGGCUGAGGGUGAUGUUCCUGCUCAAGCUGAUGUUCCGGCUCCAGAUGCUGCAAUCGUUCCUGCUUCAGUUACAGUUCCGUCUAUUUCUCCAGCAAUGCCACCUGCUACAGUUCCAGCUUUGCCUUCAGCUUCAGCUUCGUGCUCUGAGGCUUCUCCGGCUUCUGAUACGAUACCAUCUUCUAUUCCCACUCCUUCAGUCUGUACUCUUGCUCCUAUCUCUAUCGAAGAUUCUAUGUGUAUUAGUGGUUCUUCUGGAUCGUCCACUUGUGACCGUGGCAACGAUGAUGAGCCCAGCUCAUCAGUAGUUGAGGUGGAAGACGGACCAAGCACAUCUUCUGUGAAUGUUGUGCCUGUAUCAACUUCAAGUGUUCUCGUGGAAAAUGGUUGUGAAGCGAACACUUCUGUUUCUAAGUCUGAAAAUGAUCUAGUCACUCCAACAGAACAAAUCAAACCUGAAUCUAGUAGCUCUAUAGAAGUCAAAGAGAAGUCCAGUGUUGCUGAAGUGGAGGUUACGGACGAACCGUCAACUUCAUCAAACUAA